AACCGGAGCCCGUAGUCUCUUUGGAAACUUCUGCCGGGGAAAAAAGAGCUAGGAAAGAGCUGCAAAGCGGUGUGGGUUUUUUCCUUUUUUUUUCCUUUUUUCCCCCUCUUCUUUACUACCCUCUCCUCCGUUUGCACCUUUCUUCGGGCUUCAAGCAGAACCUGCGAAUUUCGAAAAGGUGCUAGCAGAGUGGGAGAAAAGAGGUGUUAGGGGGUUUGGUGUGUUUUUUUUUUUUUUUUUUUUUAAUUUCUUGAUUUCCACAUUUUUCCUCCGCCUUCGCGGCUGCAGCCGCCGCCUCUUACCUGUUCCGCAGCAGCCGCGCGCCGCUGGCAGCUGAGGGUUAGAAAGGAGCAGGGUGUACUUUGAGAUUUUAAACAAAAAUUUUGAAGAAGAAAUCUAUUUUUCUCCCGCCCCCCCCCAACUGCCUCUCUCACAGCCUCCGAGCUCUUUUUUUCCGGUGGUUGUUGGGGGGUGAACCAUUUUUGGCUCCCCCGCCGCAAUUCUGACCAGGUCAGACUCGUGGGGAAGGGGAUUUGUUUCUCCAGCCUCCGAUUCCUCUGCGUGCACCUGGCGCUGCUGCCUUUCCCCCUACCUGUUGCAAGUCUGUAAUCUUUGCAAUUGAGACUUGCUUGCAGGCACUCCAGCCCUCCAUCGCUCCCUACAUUUUGCAGUUGUCCGGGGGAGGGCACCUGCUCUACCUUCCAGAAAUUUUUUCAAAAAAGAACAUUGCUCCGCGCUCCCUCCUGGCCCCUCUCUCCCUGCACUCUCGCGCUCCUGCCCCGCCCCAGGUAAAGGGGGAGACUCGGAAAAGAUGGUGCUCACCGCGCUCCUCCUGCUUCUGGCCGCCUGUGCGGGGCCGGCCCAGGGUCUGGGCUCCUUCGUGCACUGCGAGCCCUGCGACGAGAAAGCCCUCUCCAUGUGCCCCCCCAGCCCCCUGGGCUGCGAGCUGGUCAAGGAGCCGGGCUGCGGCUGCUGCAUGACCUGCGCCCUGGCCGAGGGGCAGUCGUGCGGCGUCUACACUGAGCGCUGCGCCCAGGGGCUGCGUUGCCUCCCCCGGCAGGACGAGGAGAAGCCGCUGCACGCCCUGCUGCACGGCCGCGGGGUUUGCCUGAACGAAAAGAGCUACCGCGAGCAAGCCAAGAUCGCAGAGAGAGACUCCCGUGAGCAUGAGGAGCCCACCACCUCCGAGAUGGCAGAGGAGACCUACUCGCCCAAGAUCUUCCGGCCCAAGCACACCCGCAUCUCCGAGCUGAAGGCCGAGGCUGUGAAGAAGGAUCGCAGAAAGAAGCUGACCCAGUCCAAGUUCGUGGGGGGAGCUGAGAACACCGCCCACCCCCGGGUCAUCUCAGCGCCCGAGCUGAGACAGGAAUCCGAGCAGGUGACUCCCUGGGGUCUGGCCACGCCUCUCACGCCUCCGAUCCGCACACAGGGGCCCUGCCGCAGGCACAUGGAGGCAUCCCUGCAGGAGCUCAAAGCCAGCCCGCGCAUGGUGCCCCGCGCUGUGUACCUGCCCAACUGUGACCGCAAAGGGUUCUACAAGAGAAAGCAGUGCAAACCUUCCCGUGGCCGCAAGCGUGGCAUCUGCUGGUGCGUGGACAAGUAUGGGAUGAAGCUGCCAGGCAUGGAGUACGUGGACGGGGACUUUCAGUGCCACACCUUUGACAGCAGCAAUGUUGAGUGAUGCGUCCCCUCCCCAUCUUUCCCUCACCCCAUCCCACCCCCGGCCCCGACUCCAGCCAGCGCCUCCCUCCACCCCAGGACGCCACUCAUUUCAUCUCAUGUAAGGGAAAAAAAAAAUACAUAUAUCUAUCUAUUUGAGGAAACUGAGGACCUCGGAAUCUCUGGCAAGGUCGCAACUUUGAAAACGGCAACAACAGAGAUGUGAAAAGCUAAGGAGACCCCCACCCCUUUUAAAAAAAGGUUUUCUUUUUGAGGCAGUUUGAAUGAACAAGGAGGGCAAGAGAGGAAGAACAAGAGAAAGAGAAGGGAGGAAAGCAGACCUGUGUAAGAGAGGGGAGGAUGAGAGUCACGAGGAGGAGAAACAGAGCUUGGGCCAGAAGCAUCCAUCUUUACGUCCGGCCCUGGCCCGAGUGGGGAAGCCAUCUGGGCGGGAGCAAGUGCGGCCCUAGGUAUGGCCUUUGAUGCCACGCUUGGAAUUUGCCCAGCUUCGAUGGGUCGCAGGGGAAGAGAGAAGCAAACAGGUGCUAGUGCCUCUCCUGGGUCAGUCUCCUGCAGCCAGCAGCUCGCACGGCUCAAGCCCUGUCCUUCCUCUCCUCCCACCUCGGCACUGUUCUCUCUCCCUCCAAUUUACAAAGGAAAAAUGCAUUCCAUCCUUCUCAACACAAGGCCGAUUCAUAACUGAGUGAUACUAGAUGGUAGGUGUUCCUAAAGCGGAUCCAUGAAUAUGAAGAAUAUGUGCGGAUUUCACUCCCCAUGCAGACCCUGAGAAAUCAAUCCACACUCCGAUAGUGGGAAGACAUGUGCUUCCAGGGUGGCUGAAACUCAGCGCCGAAUGAAGCCUGUGGUUUCAGCCCUUCAUUGCAUCCAAUUCACAGCUAGUACAGCCUUCGUGGGGGAGGAUAGGCUGAAACAAAAGUGGGCUUGUAUUUAUCUACAAGGCUCCAUAUAGUCAUAUAUAGGCAUAUAAGUCUAUUUUCUUUCUUUUUUUUUUUUACCCCUUCCUUCCUUUCUGUCAAAGGUUUGCAUUAACUUUUCCAAGUAGUUCCUCUGGGGGCUGAAGAGCAUCCUUAUUCUGGGGAAACCAAGAAAACCCAUGUUUUUCUAACACAAUCCAUAAAACCAGUUUUGCCUGCCUCCCAUGAGCAGCAGCAAACUCAGCCCUCUGUGGGACACUGUGUUGAUUUUUUUUUUUCCAUGAUUUCCCAUGUGCACGUGUGCUCAUGUGCCACCAAGCUAGGUCGCUGAGCACACCCAACAGUGCGCCCACCAAGCUCCCCAGGAUGUCACAUUCACCUUUAGGCCCUUGGGAAGCUACUGUCUCUGGACCCUACACCCAGAGAACCCAAUCAGUCCAAGCUCAACCCCCUGGUCCUGCCCAGCGUUUUCAUUUCAUCUGGACAGAGCCUGCAUUUGGAAAGCCUCCCUCAGCCUUCAUGCUGGCAGAGCAGGAGAGAGACUGAAAUGAGAGAUGGCCAAGAGGGAGACGGAGGUGAAAAGUGUGAAUAUGGGGAAACAAUAAAAGUGAUUGUUCAGGCCAGAGUAGAUGGAGAGAAGAGCAGACAGCUGGAGAGACAGAGGGCUAACUGCCCUGUCCUAGCUUUGGAGCAAAGCAAAAAGAAGAGGGGACAAAGCCAAGAGACACUUCCCUGGGUCCCCAGCUGAUAAGCCCUCUGGGAUUUAAGAAGAAGGAGAGAGGUUUAAGAAGAAGAAAAGGAAACAGGUUGUAAGAGAGGAAUGAGUUUAACCCAGCCCUGUGAGCCAGAGAAGGUGAGAAACUUUCGGUGGGUUCUAGACUGUAGGAGCUGGACAGGAACAAAGAUAAGCAGAUACCAGCCAUGGUUUGGAAGGGACGAGUCUACGAGCUCACCUGCCCACCUUCACCCUGCAGUAAGGGACGGAGGCUGGAGAGGCUUUCAAGCUCUUGGUCCACCCUGGCCCCUUCCAGCUUCCUUCCUGGGGUGGGAGAUGGCAGAAAAGCACAGAACAAGGAGUGAAUGGAUACUUUGGGGGAGCCAAGAUUCUGAACCAAGAAAACUCCCAUCCUCUGCUGACUCCCCCCACCCCUGCAACAAAUGGGCAGCCCUGAUGGAGAACUCUGGCCAGGAGACGGGGCUUGGACGCAGCAAAGGAGACCCUCUCUCGCUGUGAACACAGCUCACUCCACUCUUCUCCAACGCCAUGACACCGUGGAGACUACUCCAGCAUCGAACUCGGGGACAGUGAAGAGGGACAGCUAAGGAGCAGAAACGCUUUAGCUGGUGGCAAGCCUGCAGCUCUGGGAUUCGGUAGGGGAGUGUCCCCUGCUCCCCCGGAGUGGACAGUCGGCUGGGAUGGCAGAGGCAUCGAUCUUCACUGGACAAAGGGCCUGAUGGGAUGGCAGCUGUGAGGACUUCCUUGACCUGCUGUGUGUCCACGUGGCCCCUUCCUGCGCCACUGUCCCCAAACCCCCGACCCACACUUCAAUGUCUUAGGCCAGUAUUGUCAGCCUCUCUUCUCUCCACCCAUUCUUUCUCUGGAUCUUCAGCAGUCAUCUAAACUGGGACUGCCACGUGGAUACUGGGGUGCCAUUCCCCCUAAGACUGAGCCAGGAAUUUGCAGACCCCACCCCACCACCUCCCAUCAAGGCCUGGACCCAGUUCCUGGUUCCUGAGAGGGGGCCGUCUUUUCCUCCCACUGUUUACUGGACUUUGAAGGGGCCUCGGCUCCUUCCAUGGGCUCUUUGCAGUCAGCCACAAGGUGGGGGGUUAGGGCCUGCUUUAACGCCACCCUUGUCUUCAGAUGUCCAGAGCUCAUGCUGACAACCCCAAAUCUAUGAGUCUCUGCUUACAGAGGGGGUGGGGAGACUCUGGUCCUCUGGCCACUCCCUAGAGGAUGCUGGACCUUCAGACAGAGCCCAGGGUGGGAGUCCAGGGGGAGGGAAUCAUUGAGGAAAGUGAGGCCUCUCUGGGCAGGGUGGUGAGCAGGCAGGUGUGGUGAGCUGCCAGCUCUGAAGUUCCAAGCAGGGACCUUCUUGACCCCAGGCUGCCUGUUGGCCACUGUCUGCUCAUCCAGAGGCCUCAGGCUCCAGGUUUUCCGUGGCCUCAAAUCUAAACAUUGGCCCACAGAGCCAAGAGGAGGUCUCUUCCCAUCUCCCAUUGACUCAGGCCUCACUCCAGCAGAGGAGACCUGUCUCCACCACUGCCGCCAGGUGACUGAGGGGGUCCCAGCCAGGACUGACCCCCCGCCCCGCCUCAACCCGGGGAAAGCAGGCGGUCUAGGACAGAAGCGACUUGGAAAUUUCUCAGACAGCCAGGCCUAGAGAGACAGGCCUGGAGACAUUCAGCCCCAACUCGGAGAAUGACGGGAGGCCCUGCGCAGUCCCUCCUCCUGUCUCCUCACCAUUUUCCCAUCACCACCUCUGUGGUCUCCAUGGUAACCCAGUGGGGCCAACCUCCCCUGGGGAAGCGGGCCUGAACCACCACUCUCCCACUGCCCAGUUCGUCAGCAGCCACAGGGCUACCAUGCGGCCACCAAGCCCCCCCUCCACGUGGGGCAGUGCCCCACCUCCACCCCACAGGGCUCCAGCUCAGAUGGGAUUGCAGAGAGGAGUGGGCCGAGGAGAAGCAACGCCCCGGUCUUGGAGAAGACACAGUUGGCCUCCAAGAUUGAGGAGGCUGUGUUUCGAGAGAUGGUUGUACUGGGCGUUGUACUGUCUUUGUUUUUAAAACCACUAAAGUGCAAGCCUUGUUUUGCACUUUUCUCUACUUUUUUUUUCUUGUAGGUUUUUGGUGUCUUUUUUUAAGCAUCCUUUCUUGGUUCCCUAAUGGAGUAUAUAGUUUAGCUAUUUCCACAGACUCUGGCCUCCUCUCUUUAACUUGUUUUGGAUGGAGGAAAGGGGAGGUGGGGGGUGGGCAGCCACUCUGCACCCAUUCACCCCACCUCUCUGGUCCCCGGCCACCAGCCCGAGUCCCGGACCGUCCACCACCAUCAUCACACAGUAGCCCACAUGGAUAGACAGUUGUCAGACAAGAUUCCUUCAGAUUCCGAGUUGCCUACUGGUUUGUUUCUUUGUUUUAGACAGCAAUAAUCACAGCACGUAUUACUGUAGUUCUUUAUAGUUUGACAUACAUACCAUAGUGCUCUUCUCUCUUUUUUUUGUUUUUGACUUUCCUGUUUUUAAAUAAAUGCUCAUAAUCUUUACUGGUGAAAAGGAUGAAAAAAAAAAAUUAACCAGCAAACAAAACCUGUUUGUGGAAAAAAAAAAAAAAAAACGAAAAAGCGGGGGAAAAAAAAAAUCACCUGAAUGUGGAAGAGCUCGCCUCCUGUUUAGUGUUUUGUACCUAAGGAAAUAAAACAAAACAAAAAACCCCUGAGGAUCUCACGUUUUAUUAAAAGAAGUGAAGAUUGCUGUAUACUAUUUAUUCAACUUAUAAUUUAUGUUACUCCUUGAUCUUUGUCUUUUAUCGUGACAAAGCAUUUAUUUAAUAAAGUUAUGCAUUCAGUUA